CGCAAUUGACCCCAGGCGCCAUUUUGGAUUUUAUUGGGAUUUCCUCCACAGGUAAAGAUGUUGAGCUGAGGUGUUCGUACAUUUCUGUUCACUAUGACGAAAUCUGGUAUCUGACGACAUUUUCUUUAGUUAUUUGCAACAAAGCAGACUCUUUUAGUCUGAGAAAAUGGUACUGAACGCCACCAUGUCGCCGAACAACGCCUCGGGAACUCCUUCGAUGGUGAGCGGACUGACAAGCACGGUAGCGACGACACUUGCUGUGGCGAACACCACACACAUCCCGCCCAAGUUGAACCCCAUCUUCCUGCAGACGAGAGCGGCCCAAGCUGUUUCAGGCGUAUUUGUCUGGUUGGCCGUCCUCAUAACAGGACACCAGGUCUACUGCCACCUCCGUUAUUACAACAACCCCACAGAGCAGAAAUGGAUCGUGCGUAUAUUAUUCAUCGUUCCCAUCUACGCCUUCGACUCCUGGCUGAGUUUGCUAUUCUUCAACCAAGACAGUUACUACGUCUACUUUGACAGCGUCAGAGAUUGUUAUGAGGCUUUUGUGAUCUACAACUUCCUCAGCCUGUGUUACGAGUACCUGGGAGGGGAAAGCCAGAUCAUGUCAGAGAUACGGGGCAAGCCUAUAGAGUCCAGUUUUUUCUACUGCACAUGUUGCCUGGCAGGCAGACAGUACACCAUCGGCUUCCUGCGAUUCUGUAAACAGGCCACCCUGCAGUUCUGUAUUGUGAAGCCAGUCAUGGCCAUCCUCACCAUUGUCCUACAGUCAGUCGGCCUCUACCAGGACGGAAACUUCUCGCCGACGCUUGGGUACCUGUACAUCACCAUCAUCUACAACAUCUCCAUCAGCCUGGCGCUGUACGCACUGUUCCUGUUCUACUUCGCCACCAAGGACCUGCUGGCCAUGUACGACCCACUGCUCAAGUUCUUCACCAUCAAGGCUGUCAUCUUCCUCUCCUUCUGGCAAUCUGUCCUGCUGGCCAUCUUUGAGACAGUGGACAUCAUCAGCCCCAUCUACUCGGAGAACGGGAAGGAGCGCAUCGGGACCGGCACCGUGGCCGCAGGGUGGCAGAACUUCUUCAUCUGCAUCGAGAUGUUCUUUGCGGCCAUCGCGCUCCGCUAUGCCUUCCCUCACAACGUGUACACAGAUGACCAACACGACAUGGAGCGCCGGGAGCCCAUGAAGAGUAUCUCCAGCAGUCUGCGCGACACCAUGAACCCCAACGACGUGAUCCAGGACACCGUGCACAACUUCUCCCCGGCCUACCAGCAGUACACGCAGCAGAGCACCUCCGACAAGGAACUGGACAAGCCUCGCAACGGCGGCCACUUCGGACGCUCCUCGGCCACCAACGAGAAGACAAUGCUGCUCAGCUCCGACGACGAGUUGUAAACUGGUGGCUGAGUGACCCCGCAAUGCCUUCCCCGUUGUAUCUUGAUAAGGUGGUGUUCAUGUGUGACAAACACAGUACUGCAGUCGGGAUGUUGUACGAUUCUUUUAGGAGGUACUUUUCAUGGGCCAAAAUGGAAAUUUCCAGCCUACAUGUAAUUCUGCUAGUUUGAUUACUCCCGUGUUGUAAAGGAGAUGUUGAUAUUUGAAACAUGGGUAAAGGUGGCUGUAAGUGAAACAUCAUAGCUACAGGUAACAUCAUUAGGAAGUAAGAACAAAGAUGAUUUUCAUACAUGUCAAUAUAUAUACAAUAUAUGCUAUCACUGUUUAGAAAAGUUUGUAUUCUUUAUAGAAGAAAAUUUUGUUGCAGAAAAAAUUAUGGUCCAAUUUAAGAUGCUUUCUUGGUGACAUUAGAUUAGACAUUAAAUCAGAGGCUCAAUGAAUAUUGCAGUAAUGUAUGAAACCCACCUGUUUAUCAGAUUGACACUUUAAGGGUUCACCUUCCCCAUGCUAAGGUAGCCUUUUAUCUACAUGUUUGUACUGGUCAAGGGAUAAGGGGACAGUGACAAGGCGAAGUACCACACAGAAUGUGUGGGAUGUGUUAUGCUCAUGUUUACUUAGAGAUAGUCUCACAUACUCUCAUCUCUUUUCCAAAAUCAUUUUCUUUUAGGAUCUUGUGUCUCAAGCAAAAGUUGUAACAUUGUCAAAUCAUUUGACAAACAUUAGUAAGUUCAUUCUCUUGCUAACAUUAAGAAGAUGGGUAGUAAUAAGGAGAUUAAAAUUUUAAAGAAAAAAAUAUGUGAAAUUCUGCAGUGCUAGAACAUACUCAAGCAGAUCGUUAACAUUGUUUUUUAUCAUAGGGUAUGUCAUAGAUUUGUGUCAUAUAAGUAUAAAGUCUUGGAAAUUAGAUCACGUUUGAUAAUGGCCAGUGGGAAUGUGCUAUGUCCCUUGGUGCAGGGGUGUGCCACAUGUACAGAAGUAUGUGCAGCUAUGUUUGGUCUUAUGUGCUUGGAAGUAAUUACGAAGGUUUAGUAGGAUUUUAGUGGGAUCAAUUUGCUUGAUGUGUGUGUUGCUGCUGUUAUUUUAAAUCAUAUCUGUUAAUAAAGGGAUCUUGUUAAGUAAGUCGUAGCCUCAUAAACUCAGCCAAAGUAACAUUGGCAGUUAAUCUGCUUAUUGUGAAGUACUGAGUGCAGUUAACUUUAAACUGCAGGACCACAACUAACAUUCCUUAACUUCCUUUACCUCAACCUUGCACUAAAUCAGUGGAAAUAUAUUGCUGCAGGACAAUGGUCAAAUAAUUUGUUUGAAAGUAGUGUAGUAGCCUAAUAGAAUUUUGCAUGUAAUGUCUGCUUGAUCAUUUCAUUAUGUACCACAUAUAGUAGGUAUAUUUGCUCUAGAGACUACUGUGGAAAAAUGCAUAGCAGCAUUUUGGAAGUCAGGAAAUAUACAAGUGCAUGUCAAGUCAACCAAGUCAUGUUCAUUAAUUUGUAACAUGUUGUAAUGGAUCACUAGUACUGAGGCUCUUCUGUGCUAGUAUCAGACUUGGUUGUACUUUUUACUGUAUUUUUUUCUUGGAGUGAAAAUCUAACCUCAGAAAUGAACUGAAUGAUUUAGAACUGACUGCUGAAAUGUUCUGCCACUAGUGUCAUGUGCCUAGGCAUUACAAUGUAUUUUCAAGCAAAGUGACAUUAGUGAUUGAGAAAUACAUGCCUGUCUCUUGAUAUGGCAUCAGUGUAGCAAGGCCGAAAUGAUGUUAUGUUGGCUGACAUAAAACUGUACCAUAUAAGGACACUAUUCUUACACGUGUAGUGAGUACACUACUGUGUGCUAUCUCCUUUCGAUAAACAUAUCCCUGAUCCCCCACUGUACUUAACAUAUGCAGUGUAGAAUGUAAACUUGUACAUAGUUAGCUGUUGCACUUUUUGUAGACUGUAUUUUCUCCCCUGUAUAGAUGUAAGCAGCUGUUGGAGCUCUCCUAUCUCUUACAAAGACCAACUUUUACAUUAUAACCAAUGGCUCUGGUGUACCAAGUCCUUACUGAUGUAUGAACCAAACAUUAACACAAGAUGAUGUGCUGUAUACAGACCUGAUGAUCUGAUUCAGUCCCACCGAGUUAUGUGUCAAUGUUAUAACCUUGACUGGCAUCAAGCCUUUGCUAUUGUAUCAGUGCUGAGGACUGGACUCUAGUGAUAUAAACUGUUUUGUUUGUAGGGUACUUGUUAGUGUAAUUGUCACUGUGCUUGGGUACCUGAUUAUUAUACUGUGAUGUAAGAGAUAUAUGUGGAUUGCAUUGAUUUAUGUACAGUGAUUACGAUUGCAACCAAAUUCCUUAUUUAUAUGGUAAUUUGUACUGUUUUGUAUUGAUGGUAUUUUGUUGUAUACAUGUUAAGUGGUUAGAAUGAGUCCAAAAAGAUAUGCGAUUGCUAUACUGUCAGGGUUAUUUUUAUCUUCUGGAAGAUCCUAAAGGUCUUUUGGGAGAGAAGAAAUGGGAAGUUGAUAAGUAGAUAUUAUCCAACAGAACUUCAGAAAGAAUUAAAUGUGAAAAAAAUUCCAAA